GCGGCGCGCGGGUGUAAUCUCGCACUUCAAAUAUAAUAAUGCGACGUGGAAGAGGGUCCGGAACUUGGAUGGGUCCGAGGAGCUCCACCACAGCACCAGCGGCCACCAACCCACGUCACUCCACCAGUGCAGUGGACGCUUUAUAGUAGUGCCUGUGCUGUGGGCACGGCCACUUCUCACACGCACACACACAUACGCGUGCGCGCGCGCGCGCACACGCACACACAUGCUGCAGCGCUCCUCAUCCACACGCCGCACACAUUUUUUUCAACUGAGGUGUGUGUGUGUGUGUGUGUGUGCUCGGUAGCUGCCCGAGGAGCAGUGUGGGCUUCACCGCGUGGGUCCGUCCACGAUGCUGGGUGCAGUUAAGAUGGAAGGACACGAGCACGCGGACUGGAGUGCCUACUACGGAGAAGCCGAGUGUUACACCUCCGUGGGAAACAUGAACUCCAUGGGUUCCUACCUCAGUGGCCCCGGCACCAUGACAGCGAGCUCGGUCAACAUGUCCUACAUGAACGCUGGCAUGAGUCCCUCCAUGGCCGGGAUGACCGCAGGGAUGACCACCGGUAUGACGGCUGGGAUGAGCACUGGGAUAACGCCCGGGAUGACCCCCGCGAUAACCGCUGGGAUGACCCCUGGAAUGGGGGCCGUGGGCACGGCCCUCAGCCCAGGCAUGAGCGGGCACCCCGCGCCCAUGAACUCGCUGACCCCCUACAGUAACAUGAGUGCCAUGAGCCCUGUUUACGGACAGUCCAACAUCAGAACCAGGGAUCCCAAGACGUACCGGCGGAGCUACACGCACGCCAAGCCGCCCUACUCCUACAUCUCCUUGAUCACCAUGGCCAUCCAGCAGUCCUCCAGCAAGAUGCUCACCUUGAGCGAGAUCUACCAGUGGAUCAUGGACCUCUUCCCCUUCUACAGGCAGAACCAGCAGCGCUGGCAGAACUCCAUCCGCCACUCCCUGUCCUUCAACGACUGUUUCGUCAAGGUGCCCAGAUCCCCGGACAAGCCGGGCAAGGGCUCCUUCUGGACCCUGCACCCGGACUCGGGCAACAUGUUCGAGAACGGCUGCUACCUGAGGAGACAGAAGCGCUUUAAGUGCGACAAGGCGCUCGGCAAGGAGGUGGGGAGAAGAACGUGCGACAGCGGGUCCAACAGCGGAUCAGAGAGCUGCGCCGACGGCGACUCGAGCCGCUCCAAGGAGACGAGGGGUCCCGCGCCCGACGGGAGCGCGGCUCACGCGUUGGGCCUGCAGGCCCCCGCGAGCCCAUCCACGCGCCUCGACCCGCGCCACGCGGCGCCGGGUCACCGCGCGCUGCUGACGCACGAGGCGCGCCUGAAGGCCGAGCAGCAGUACGCGUUCGAGCACCCGUUCUCCAUCAGCAGCCUCAUGUCCUCGGAGCAGCAGCACCACAAAAUGGACUUCAAGACGUACGAGCAGAUGAUGCAGUACUCCGGGUACGGGUCGCCCACGGCCGGUGGGUUGUCCACGGGGUCCGUGGGGGGCAGAAGUUGCCUGGAUCCGUCGCCCAUGCCAAGUGACACGUCUUAUUAUCAAAGUGUUUAUUCAAGGCCUAUCAUGAAUUCCUCUUGAAUUUCGUUUUUUUUUUUUUUUUUUUUUU